UCAACAAGGGUUGUCAAUAGGAAAAGGUAAGACCAUACGUUAACGUACACUAGUGCGUUAUUUGCCUUUACUUUAUUAACCCCGGUUUACUUUUCUCACUUGUAUCAUAGUUCUGAAUGCCACAGUGCAACGUAAAACAUUGCCUUUAACAGAUUGUAAAAGUGUCCCGGCUGCAGCGAUGACAGUUAAACGUACCUCGCGUUGGACUGCUUUUGCUGUUGAGGUGAAGAGACGCACCUCCCAGGCACAAGUGGUCAUCUCCCUCUGCAUGUUGUGACAUCAAAGGGGACCAAGGAGGGCUUUUCAGCACUCGUCUCAGCAGCGUGCGAUGGACAGCACCACAAAGACGGAUGCUUGACGGAGAGCUGACAGCAUUCCCCGGAACCACCGCCAGCAAAACGACAUCAUUUUGUGGACUUAACCAUUUGUUGCCAACGACCUGAAGACGCUGAAACGCAGAGAGGCUUCUUUAGCGCUGCUUUAAAACACAACAAACACGAUGGAAGAAGACAUGGAUGAGGGGCAGGCCCAGAAAGGGUGCCUGGAGUGCUGCAUCAAAUGCCUGGGCGGGAUCCCCUACCCGUCGCUCAUAGCCACCAUCUUGCUGUACGCCGGCGUGGCUCUGUUCUGCGGCUGUGGCCACGAGGCUCUUUCCGGAACCGUCACCAUCCUCCAGAAUUACUUUGAGGUGGUGCGCAGCCCCAUGGACGCACUGGACGUCUUCACUAUGAUCGACAUCAUCAAGUACGUGAUCUACGGAGUGGCCUCAGCCUUCUUCGUCUACGGCAUCCUGUUGAUGGUGGAGGGCUUCUUCACCAGCGGGGCCAUCAAAGACCUCUACGGAGACUUCAAGAUCACCACCUGCGGACGCUGCGUCAGCGCUUGGUUCAUCAUGCUGACGUACGUCUUCAUGCUGGCCUGGCUCGGUGUGACGGCGUUUACCUCCCUGCCCGUCUUCAUCUACUUCAACAUCUGGAGCAUUUGCCAAAACGCCACCGUGCUGGAGGGAACCUCGCUCUGCCUGGACCCGCGCCAAUAUGGUAUAGUGGCUAUUAACGAAGCUAAGACAGUGUGCGCUGGAUCCGAGAAGUUCUACAGGAUGUGCGAAUCCAAUGAGCUGGACAUGACAUUUCACCUGUUCAUCUGCGCCCUCGCUGGAGCAGGAGCCGCUGUCAUCGCUAUGAUCCACUACUUGAUGGUGCUGUCGGCCAACUGGGCCUACGUGAAGGACGCGUGCCGGAUGCAGAAGUACGAGGACAUCAAGUCCAAGGAGGAGCAGGAGCUUCACGACAUCCACUCCACUCGCUCCAAGGAACGACUCAACGCUUAUACAUAAAAAGCCAAGUGGGACGGGGGGACACUCCCGGGUGGGCGUGUCCGCCAAUGUCGCUGGUGCAUCACAUGACAAUGUGGUUUGAGCGGGGGUACGCCUCAGCCGCAAACAACAUUUCAGCUAACAAAAAGAAGCCCCUUUACCUCUCGUGGCCGGUGUUUGUUAUCAUUAUGGCAGUUGUUGAAAUAUGACACCAAUCGUUUAGUGCCGAGUAGUAGUUGUAGUGUAGUUUGUAGAAUCACGAGUAGCACUAGGACCACUUUUUUACUAUUAUUCUUUUUUACACUUUACGCUUAGGAAAUAAUUAAUUUGCUAAGCCUCUUUUUGUUUCUCCUUUGCUCCUAAUCCUCCUGUUACGAUUGUUCACGGGUCAGUGUGACCUGCUGCAUAUUUGAUUUGAUUUGACAUACCAUGUAGAUAUAAAAAAAUAUUACAAAAAAUAUAUCUUUUUUUAGUUUGUUUUUUUUAGAUUUCAACCUUCCUGUUAGGUUACUUUCUUUGGAACACCAAAUAUUUACAUGGUUCAAUGUGACCUGCUACAUGUUUAGUCAUUUAAAAAAAAAAAAAAAGACUGAUUUCAAAACUAAUAAAAAAAAAUAGAAGUACAAAAAUAAAGCCAGCAAAAUAAUAAUUAUUUUUUUUUUUACACUUUUUAAUUAUUUUCUUACAUUUUUAAACUUUAAAAUAGGUCAAUUUGACCUGCUGCAUAUUUAACCAACAAUUUAAUUAAAUUCAAAAAAAUAUUAAAACAAGAAAUCGAAGAAAAGAAAAUCUCUUUUUAACCCUCCUGUUAUGUUAGUUUCUUUGCAACACCAAAAAUGUUCCUGGGUCAAUGUGACCCACUACUUGUUUAAAUAUAAAUUUAAAAAAAUAUGUGUAAAAAUAUACGGCACGGUCGACUUGUUACAACAGCUGGCUCACAGUUCCGGGGUUCAAACCCCGGCCCCGCCUGUGUGGAGUUUGCAUGUUCUUCCCGUGCCUGCGCGGGUUUUCUCCGGGCACUCCGGUUUCCUCUUUCAUCCCCAAAACAUGCAUGGCACGUUGAUUGAAGACUCUAAAUUGCCUGCAGGUGUGAAUGUGAGUGCGAAUGGUCAUUUGUCUCCAUGUGCGCUGCAAAUAGCUGGUGACCUGUUCAGUGUGUACCCCCACUUUUGUGCAAAAUCAGCUGGGGUAAGGUGCCAGCACACCCGCGGCACUUUUGUGCAAAAUCAGCUGGGGUAAGGUGCCAGCACACCCGCGGCCCGAGUGAAGAUAUGCGGUUCAGCGAAUGAAUGGAUAUGUACAAAUUAGAAGAAGGAAAAAAUCAGGCAAACACUUAGUUUCAGUCUUUUCUUCUUUUCUUUUUUUUUAAUUUACUUCGAUUUUCAAACAGUAAAAUGUGUCAAUUUGACCCACAAUAUAACAGGAGGUUUAAGAUAUUUUUGAGUUCUAGGGUGAAGCAUGACUUAUUCUUGCUUCACGAGGAGGUCAGCAGGGGCUUUAAAAAGGUUCUCAAGCACAUUUCUCAUCUCAUGUGUGAUAUCGAUGUACUGUAUGUGAAUGACUUAUGUAUAGUAAAAAAAUUUUUUUUUUUAAAAAAUAGUAAAAUGUUUGCCAGGAAUUGAAACCACUAAUCACAAUACAGUACCUAUUUUAUAUUUUAAGAUAGAUAAAAAAAUAGCGACUCAACAAUGAAUACCAAAAUCAAUCAAUGACUCGCUAGGUGUGCCAAGCCUGUUAAACAGGGAAAUUAUUUUUUUGAUUGAUAUACAUAUAUAUAAAAAAUGGGAUUAAAUUAGCGAGAAAGUGAUCAUAUAUCUCUGAACUGUGAAUGAUUCCAUUGUCACUAAAGCACAUACUCUCAUAAGCUACUGUUAUGAUUAUGACUGAUAAUACUGAUAAUAAAUUCCGUUGUCGUUGUUGUUGUUUUUUUGCAGACUGCACUGUAUAUAGUGAUAUUUCAAAGCAUUCCAAUGUGUGGUUAAGCACUGCAAUGGGAGAAUAAUUGCGUUGGUCCACUGAAAGGAGACAUAUUAUGCUAUAUUAUGUUUUGGUGGGGCUGUUCUCUGUCUCAUGCAAAUUCUUUCAUUGCCUUGAUGACUGGGCACGCGUUCCGAAAAGGCUUAAAACUUUAAAGACCCCCCCACCCCCCCUAGUGAUGAUUUAAUAUAAAAAAAAUGUGUUUUAAAAAGGACUAUCAACAAAUUUAGCCAGUUUUUGUAGCGUUAUUGGAGGCUCCCUCCUCAUCCAGACAUGAAAUGAAUGCCUCUUGCUCAAAGGUACCGCUGGCUAAUUUAACAACAGGUCAAGCUCUAUCGUAUUUUCCCUCGUGGAGUCAACACUUCCCAAUUACAUCCAAUUAAAUCCACGAGGCCAACUUGGUUGAACAUUCAAUAUGCAGCUGAUCGGAAUCUAUCGCUGGAACACUGUUCACGUUUCUGUGCUAACACUGCAGCUCGGCUUAACUUUUUAGUUUUGAUAUGGUUGUGUUUCCGUGUUUUGUCGCGUGUCACUUGAAAAUCAGCCAAGUAUUAGCUGGAAAAAUUUGCGUGGGGGAGAAAUUCUAUUAAUUAGACAAAUUGAGACACUCGCUCGCAGACACAUUUUCAGAAAUGUGGCAGUUAGCAGAAGCUAAUGCUGAAGAGACUCUUAGCUAAUGCUAAUCUGUGCUAACACUGCAGCUCUGCUUACGUUUUGGCUUUGUCGUGAUUCCCUGCAGUCCGGCGGCAGGGACCCCGGCCGUCAUUGAAAAAUGGCGGAUCUUCACGCAGCCUAGCCACGAGGUCAUGGGCAGUGAACACUGCUUGGGGUGGGAUUAUGUCAUUUAGAUGAGCUGUUACAUCAUAUUGGCAAAAUCAAUUUCACACUUGCCGGGUCGGUAGUCGCUCCAGAGACCCAACUUCAGCGUACACAAAUAAUGAAAAGUCAAUUUUCCAUAAUAUGCCUCCUUUAAGUGUUCUUUACUGUAGACACCGAUGGUCUGACAAGAGGAAACCUGACAGCUGAUUGGCUGGUGGGAAAAAAAAACACAAAAAAUACGAUUAUUAUCAGUGUUUCGUAGACUCAUACGACCAUUUUCUGUGCUCCGAGUUGGAAAACUGUACUGUUAGUAAAGACUGUGACUGUAGAUGUUAUUCGUGGCAUGGAUAUGCAUUAAUAUAGUCGGGUUGACUCAAAAGGUUACCUUCAUCUCACAUCUUUGUUUUUAAAUUGAUUUUGACACUUUUUGCCUGUCUUGCUGGAUCAGCCCCUUUGUUUCAAUGUGCAGUACUAACCCUUCCAUAUAAACAUGCUUCAUGCUACUGAUAUAGAGAUGUAGUCGUUUUGAGUUGUUUUGAUUUUGUUUGUGAUGCGGAAACGUCCUAAAGCUUGAUACUUGUAGUCAUAAUGAGCCCUCUCUCUCUUUCUCUCUCUCUCCUCUCAACUUUCUCCUUGUAUUUGUCUUUUGUACUUUCACCACCGAUGCUUCGUAGCAGGCUUUUAAAAAAAAAAAAAAAAAAAGGGAAAAAAGUUGGAUUUGUUUUGUAUACAUCCAUGUGCCAACAGCUUGAAAUGGCUUAUUUGACCUGUAUGAUCAAAUUUGCUUGCGUCAAUAAAAUUCACUUGUGUACUUGUU